AUGGAGUCUCUGCUGGGCUGGGUUUUCCUCAUUGCUGUUUUAAAAGGUGUCCAGUGUGAGGUGCAGCUGGUGGAGUCUGGGGGAGGCCUGAGUCAGCCUGGGGGCUCCCUGAGACUGACUCCUGUGCUCACCAUGGACAGGCUUGGUUCCACUCUCCUGCUGCUGACCCUCCCUUCCUGGGUUCUGUCCCAGGUCACCCUGAAGGAGUCCGGCCCUGGGCUGCUGAAACCCACACAGACCCUGUCGCUGACCUGCACCUUCUCCGGGUUCUCACUGAGCACUACUGGUAUGAGAGUCAGCUGGAUCCGCCAGCCUCCAGGGAAGGCCCUGGAGUGGCUGGCAAUCAUAUACUGGGAUGAUGAUAAGCGUUACAACCCAUCUCUGAAGAACCGCCUCACAGUCUCCAAAGACACCUCCAAAAACCAAGUGCUUCUAACACUGACCAACACGGAGCCUGCAGACACAGCCAUGUAUUACUGUGCAAGAGGAGCACAGAGACACAGCCCAGGGGACCUUCUGUACAAGCCCUUGCAGACUCUGUCCCUCACCCUCUCUGUGUCUGGAUUCUCCAUCACAGCCAGUGGAUCCACCUUCAGCAGUUAUGGCAUGAACUGGGUACACCAGCCUCCAGGGAAGGGCCUGCAGUUGGUUGCAUACAUUAAUAGUGAUAGUAGUUACAUAUACUAUGCAGACUCCAUGAAGGGUAGAUUCACCAUCUCCAGAGACAAUGCUAAGAACAUGCCGUUUCUGCAAAUGAACAGUCUGAUAGUCGAGGACACAGCCUUGUAUUACUGUACAAACUGA